AAUUCCUAGAUUUCAUAGUUUUUUAGGUUAUGUUUGGUUAUUUCGCAACGUGAUUCUCGCGUGUUGCGCGUGUUUUUUGGUGUUUUUUUAAAAUCUUUUUUAUUAAUUCACUAUUAAUAAAGAGUUUUUCAAUAAAAAUUUGUGAUUAUCAAUAUAUUGAGUUAGUGAGUAAAUUAGAAUAAUUAUGUAAUUUGAGAGGAAUGACAAUGAUUUUGUAAUAAAAGUUUUUUAAAAGUGUUGUGCGUACAAAUUUUGAAUUUUGAAAACUAGAGACUGUUCGUAGUGUCCAGUAGUGCUUGUUUUUUUCCUAAUUUUUCCACGGAAAAAUGUCGAAAAAUCCAAGGAAAAAAUUAAGAGACAAAAAUAGUGAGACAAUUGUACAAAAGAAGAAUACAAAAUUUAAAUAUCCCGAAGUACGUCGCGAUGAUGUAGUUGAUAAUUAUCAUGGAACAAAAGUUUCCGAUCCAUAUCGUUGGCUUGAAAAUUCAAAUUCAGACGAAACGAAAAACUUCAUUGAGGCACAAAAUUUAUUAACUGAUUCCUAUUUGAAUUCAACGUCGAGUUUAAAAGAAUCUAUACAAAAUUGUCUAAAGGAAUUGAGAGAAAAUUUUACACGUUACACAAUUCCCGCGAGAUAUGGAGACAAAUAUUAUUUUGAUAUCGAUUCAAUAUUAUACGUUCAAGACACAUUGGAUAGCGAUGAGCCGAGAGUACUUCUUGAUCCUAAAAAUUUAACAUCGUCCAAUGAUGGUUCGAUUUUUCCAUUUUCGAAUUUCAGUCACGAUGGUAGUAUUGUUGCUUUUGCAUUUUUUCAAAACGGAUCCAUUGGGACGGAUAUUCAUUUCUUAAAUACCGAAACAGGAGAAAAGUAUUCUGAUGUUUUAGAACAAGUUGAAUUUCAUAAUACAGUUUGGACUCACGAUAAUUUGGGGGUUUUCUACAAUCAUUCAUUGCAACAGAAUUCAGCUGAAUCAAUUGAGGAUGAUAUGAAAAUUUACUAUCAUAAAAUUGGUACACCUCAAUCCGAAGAUAUUGUUGUUAUCGAAUUUCCUGAAGAGCCAUCCACAGAAAUAUAUACCGAUAUUUCCGACUGCGGUCAAUGGUUGUUCGUUUCAACAAUAAAUUCUGCUAGAAAGAAUUUGCUGUAUUUUACCGAACUGAAAGAGAAUAUAAAUGGAAAAUUCAAUUUGACACAAAUUGUCGAUGCAAUGGCUUCACACUUCACGUACGUUGGAAACGAUAAUACGAAGGCAAUUUUCAUAACCGAUAAGAAUUCUCCGAAUAAAAAAAUAAUAGCAAUCGAUUUAUUGAACUACGAAGAAGUGAAUUGGACAACUUUAGUAUCCGAGGAACCGGAUAAAAUUCUCAAAAAGGUGACAGUUGUCGAUAAUGAUAAAUUUGUCGUUCAAUAUCUUUGUGGCAGAGAUUAUAUUUUACAACUGCACAGCUUAAAAAAUGGAAAACUGAUAAAAAAAUUAGACCUCGGUAUUGGAUCAAUUUCCGGUGGGAUCCAUGGACAUAGAAAUUAUCCCGAAUACAUAUUUUGUUUCACCUCAUUCUUAAUUCCAAGAGUAAUCUACAAAAUAGAUGUUAAUUCAUUUGAUAAACUUGAAAUUCAUCGUGAAUCAAAAUUAGAAAAUUACAAUCCAAGUCUUUAUAAAACACUUCGUGUUUAUUAUCCGAAUAAGGAUAAUAAAAAAAUUCCAAUGACAAUAGCAAUGAGAAAAAAUGCGAAACUCAAUAGUUCAAUGCCAGCGCUUCUUUCCAUAAAUAGAGGAUAUGGUAUUUUAACCACACCGCAUUUUAGUGUCGAGAAUAUAAUUUUUAUACAGCAUUUUAAUGGAAUUAUAGCCGAACCACAAAUUCGUGGCGAUUCGGAAUAUCACGAGAAAUGGUACAAUGACGGUAUCCUCGAGGAUAAACUAAAUGUAAUCGAUGAUUUUCAAUCGGCCGCCGAAUAUCUCAUUAAAAAUGGAUAUACAUCGAGGGAAAAAUUGACAAUUAAAGGAAACUUUUAUGGAAGUUGUAUAAUUGGCACUUGUCUCAAUGAGAGGCCGGAUUUAUUUGGUGCCGCUGUUAUUUUUAAUGGACUAUUUGAUAUUUUAUAUUUUGAUAAAUACACUGUUUGUCGUAAUUGUGAGGAUCGAAAGACUUUUGAAAAUAUGUUGAAAUAUUCAUCGAUUCAUAAUGUUAAAUUGCCGAUUAAUAAUGAACAAUAUCCGGCAAUAUUGCUUUUAUCUGAUAUUGACAAUGAAUUGAUAGACUCUUUGCAUUCAUUUAAAUUCAUUGCAACAUUACAACAUGAAAUUGGCAAAUUGAAACAACAAAAGAAUCCAUUAAUGAUGAAAAUUGAUUUUAAUUCUUAUUAUGAUUCGCCAUCGGCAGACAUUGAACAAUUGGCUAAUUUUCUCACAUUUCUUGUUAAAUCGUUAAAAUUGAAAAUUCACUUUCACAAUAAAAUCGAGGAAAAAAAGCAAAAGAAACCAAAGAAAAAGAGAAAGAAACGAGUCUUUUUUUAAAAAAAUCAAAAAAAAAUUUCAAUUUUCCACAGAUAAGAGAAAUCUAUUUUUGUAAAUUGUUCUGAUUAAAAUUUUUGACUGUAAAAUUUUUAUAUUCUUAAUUUAACAUUUUUAAAACGUAAAAAAGUUACGAAAUUAUUGUUGAAAGACAAAUUUUUAUUAAUGAAAAAUGCGAUUAAUGUUAUUUAUUUUAUAAGAAAAAAAAUUGUAUUUUGUUGUCUUGUUCGAUGUAUAACAUGGAAGAAUUAAUUCUUAAAA